AGAGCGUGCCAGUGCACCAGCCCAUAGUAGAAUCGGCUCCCAGAGGUGCCACCUCUCACCGGAGUUACUCACAGGAACAUGGGGACACGUUCAAACUGUUACCCCUGCCAGGAGGGAGGAAGUGAAGAUGAGAGGCCGGCGGCGGGGACUUAGUGGCCCCAGAAGAAGCACGAGACAUGAGACAUGAGGACAUUGUGGGCAGGCCCCAGAUGCCCAUCCAGCCGACAAGCAAGGACGCAGAAGAGAUGGAAGCAGAGGGCGACUCGGCGGCCGAGCUGAACGGCGAGGAGGACGAGAGUGAGGAGGAGCGGAGUGGCAGCCAGACCGAGUCGGAGGAGGAGAGCUCAGAGAUGGACGACGAGGACUACGAGCGGCGGCGCAGCGAGUGCGUGAAUGAGAUGCUGGACCUGGAGAAGCAGUUCUCGGAGCUGAAGGAGAAGUUGUUCAGGGAGCGGCUGAGUCAGCUGCGGCUGCGGUUGGAGGAAGUGGGGGCCGAGAGGGCCCCCGAGUACAUGGAGCCUCUCGGGGGGCUGCAGCGGAGCCUCAAGGUCCGCAUUCAGGUGGCAGGCAUCUACAAGGGCUUCUGUCUGGACGUGAUCAGGAAUAAGUAUGAGUGUGAGCUACAGGGCGCCAAGCAGCACCUGGAGAGCGAGAAGCUGCUGCUCUACGACUCACUGCGGGGCGAGCUGCAGGAGCGGAUCCAGAGGCUGGAGGAGGACCGCCGGAGCCUGGACCUCAGCUCUGAGUGGUGGGAUGACAAACUCAACGCCAGAGGCGGCACCAAAACCUGGGACUCGCUGCCCCCCAGCAAGAGGAAGAAGGCACCUCUGGUUUCCGGCCCUUACAUUGUGUACAUGCUGCAGGAGGUGGACAUCCUGGAGGACUGGACGGCCAUCCAGAAGGCGCGGGCAGCCGUGUCCCCUCAGAAGAGGAAAGCAGAUGGACCCUGACCCUGUCACCCCGGUCCAGGGGAUGCCUGGAGCAGCAGGUGGCCGUAUGGAACCCAGGCCGUGCAUUCUCUUGCUGCAGCAGACAAGGCAGACAGAUGAGCCCCGAGCCCCGGAGUGGGCCCAGCUGGUUGGCUGUGGCAUCGUUGCUGCUGCUGCUCCUGCUGGCUCCUCCCCUGCAGCCCCAGCUGGCACCUGUCCGCCUCCCUCUUCUGCCCUCCUCAGGCCCCCAAGCUGACCUGGGCCAGCCAAGACCAUCGCCUCCAUCCCUGGCCAGCUCCUCCCCUGGAGCUGCUCCUCAGUGCCCCGUCCCCACCAAGAGGGACCUUGACCUAAGCCAAAGCAACGUGAUCUUCCUGCUGAUCCUGGCCCUUGGCCUUCCAGCCGCAGGAUGCCCCUGCAGGGAGAGCCAGAAUGAGUUUUUGUUGUUUUAGGGAGGGUGUGAGGCUUAUGCACCAGGCUAGAGCUGGAGGUGCAAUGCCACGCUCCGCAGUUUCUCAGGGCCUACUCGCCAGGACUGGAAAUAAAAACCUUCCCUGGG